UGUGACUUCCUCCCAGCCUCUGCACUUCGUACGGCUGCAGUGGAGUGCAACACUACCUUCCACUGUCUUUUUUUUUUUUUUUUUCUAUCUGACAACUUAAGCGGUGACAGCACAGCGACAGAAAUCCUCGCUGAUUAAAGGUGCUCGUUCUCUCACAGGGUUUUGUCCAGCGAGACCUCAGGACCUCUGAAGUGGACGAUGUUGAGGCGAAGACCUUCCAAUGCCUCGGAGAAGGAGCAGGUGCAGAAGAAGAAGCUCACUCUGCAGAGGUCAAGCAGCUUCAAGGAUUUUAUGAAGCAUAAACCCACCUCUCCCAUUGUGGCAGAAAAGGAGUUUACCUUGGAGGAGAAUGUGGCAGAGAGUGUAACAACAGAGGAAGCAGUAAAAGGUGGCAGCAAACUGGGCAAGAAAUGGCGCAAUGUCAUCUCACGCACCAUGACCCGCAAAACAUCCAAAAUGGUGCAGAAGGCUCUGGCUGAGGAAGGGGGUGAGAGUGGCGAGGAGCUGUCUCCAGUGUCUUCUGAUUGGAUUCCAGAUCUGAGCGCAGGACAGAGGACGUCUGUGUGCUCCACAGGGUCAGAGGACACCACGCCCAGCCCCAUCACCCGCCAGCUCUCAGGCAGCAGCGACAGACAGAGCCUGGACAGUGGGUACUGCCAGAGGGACAGCAUGAGACUGGAGGAGAACGGCAACCUUUACAACGGGCCUUUCUGUGGUCGCGCUAUGGUCCACACUGACUUCACUCCCAGCCCCUAUGAUGUUGAGUCACUCAAACUCCAAAAAGGAGACAUCAUCUACAUCAUUGAUAAGCCUCCUGUUGGGACCUGGACAGGGAAGCUCAACAACAAAGUGGGCUCCUUUAAGUUCAUCUACGUCAACCUGCUGCCUGAGGAGAGCCCCCCGGCCAGGAGGAGACACCGCAACAGCAAGACCCGUCGAUCCAAAUCCAAACCCAAAACCCUGGAGGAGGUUCUGGACAGCAUUGGUCUUAAUGAGCUCAGUUCUUUGCUAUCCAUGCAUGGCUUCCAGAGCCUGGAGGACUUUUCAGGACUGAAGGAGUCUCACCUCAACGAGCUGAACAUCACUGACCCAGAGCAGCGUUCCAAGAUCCUGAAGGCCUCUGAACUGCUGAGAGACUCUGACGAUGAGUCCCAGCCAGAAGAGGAGGGUGAAUCUGGGGAGAACGCCAAGGAGCCGAGGGAUUCGGGCUGUUUUGAGAGCUCGGAGAACCUGGAGGGCGGACGCGAGGAGCCAAAGACGGAGGAAGACCUCCAGGAUGAAGCAUCGGAGGAGCAGACAAACCAGGAGGCAGAGAAACAUGAGCAGGAAACAGAACAGCAAGAGGAGAACAAAACAGAGCAGCUGGAUGCUGUGCAGGAGCAGCUGCAGGAGCUGACGGUGGAUGAAGGAUCCUGAGAAGUGGAGGACCAACAUACUCAAACUUGUUUUGUUCCUGGUUCUCAGGGACUCUGGCAGAUGGAGCUUUAAUGCCGUUAAAUAUAUCUCUUCAUUAAAUGGGAGCGGACUGGUGACAAAAUGUAAAGUCGAAAUACUGUGUGAACAUGAUGGCCUCUGUUUUCCUCAGUUUGCUUGCACUGUUGAGCGAGUAGCACAAUUUCUCUUCGUCUGCAGCAGCUGAGUUGAAUGAAUGUGUUAUAUUGUAUAAAUCAUCAUGUUUGUUACUCAGUAUAUGAUGUAAGGUAUAUCAAAGAACCAUUUAAAACUUUCCUCUUUUUUCGUUGUGAUCGUAUAUCAAUGUUUUCAUGUUGUUCACUCUGAUACAAAUAUGAAUGUAAAAUAAUUUCAAAUGUCUUUCGUCUAACUUGAAUUCAAACGUAACUUUCAGGAGUUUCGCUUUUAUUUGUGUUAUGAGGUGCGUUACAUUGAUUUAUGUCACGUUAUCGCGAGGAAGUUGUCAACUGUGUUGUAAAUAAAGUUUGAAUAAAAUGAGAUUCUGUGAGA